AUGGCCGACGUUGAAUACGCCAUCAAACCGCCAGCGCGGCAAAUGACCGAGUUCGAGGAGAACGUCUACAGUUACAUGCGCCGGAUGUGCCAGGGAAGUGACGACCACUGGGACAUCGACGGGCGCAAAUGCAAUCUCCGCUUCGAAUCAGCAACCCGCGGACCGCCAGCCAAGGUCUCCUUCACGUUUACUAUUACCCCGGAUCUGAGCAACUAUCUCGGAAACCUGCAUGGCGGCUGUGCAGCCACUUUGAUCGAUGUCCUUUCGAGCACUCUUCUUGUGGGCAUGGCGGAGCCCGGCAAGUUCGCGUAUGGUGGUGUUAGUCGCAAUUUGAGGACUACGUAUCUCAGGCCAGUGCCGGUGGGAACCGAGGCGCGUUUGGUUUGUGAAUUGAUUCAUGCUGGGCAGCGGUUAGCUCUGUUGCGAGCGGAGAUUCAGAAGGCUAGUAAUGGGGAUGUAUGCGUGGUUGGCGAGCAUGAGAAGGCGAAUACGGACCCCGAAGUAAAGCAGCGCAUAUAA